CCUCCCGCAGGGCUCCGGCGUGCGCCCGCCGCUGCCCCGCUGCCUGCCUGGGCGCUGGAUGCUGCACCGGGGAGGCCGGAGGAGCUCCGCGGCGGGGGCCACCCCGCGGUACAUGGGAUGAAGGGAGCCUGACACCUGUCUGGAGAGGAGACCCCAGCCCCUGAGGAGCUGCCCACCAUGAGCAGGACACUGCUGGCAGGCAGGAUGCAGCCAGAGAUCCGGAGCGUCUGCGUCUUCCUGCCCACCCGCGAGCAGCUCAGCCUGGCCGUCGGGGUCAAAGCCACUGGACAGGAGCUCUUUCAGCAAGUUUGUGAUUUAGUGAAGAUUAAAGAGCCUCACUUCUUCGGCCUCAGCAUUGUUAAAAAUAAUGAAUAUGUUUUUAUAGACCUGGAGCAGAAGCUUAGCAAAUACUUUUCAAAGGAAUGGAAGAAAGAGACCACCAAAGGGACAGAGAAAUUCAGCCCUCCAUUUGUUGCAUUCUUUAGAGUACAAUACUAUGUAGAAAAUGGAAGAGUAAUAGGCGAUAAGGUGGCACGGCAGCUCUACUACUGCCAUCUCAAAGACCAAGUACUUAUGUCUCAUUGCAACCACAAGGAAGAAAUCUACUUCUUGCUGGCUGCCUACAGCUUACAGGCAGACUUGGGCAACUACAGAGAGAAGGUCCAUGCUGGCAAAUAUUUUGAACCUCAGGCUUAUUUCCCACAAUGGAUAAUUGCAAAGAGGGGGAGCGACUACAUCUUGAAACAUGCCCCAGAGAUGCACCGAGAACAGCAAGGGCUGAGCACGAAGGAAGCGGUGCUGAAGUUCAUUAAGGAGUCCUGCCUGCUGGAAGAUGUGCCUGUCCACUUCUACAGGCUGCAGAAGGAUAAGAAGGAGGAUCGACCGACAGUUAUCCUGGGCCUGACCCUGAGAGGAAUGCACAUCUAUCAGGAGGUGAAUCACGUUCGCCAACUCCUCUAUGACUUUCCCUGGUCACACAUUGGGAAGCUGGCCUUUCUGGGGAAAAAAUUUGAAAUCCAGCCAGAUGGUUUGCCCUCUGCACGGAAACUGGUUUACUACACGGGUUGCCCCUUCAGGUCACGCCAUUUGCUGCAGCUACUCAGCAAUAGCCACCGGCUCUUUCUGAAUAUUCAGCCAGUUUUGAAGCAAAUCCAAAAACUGGAGGAGGCUGAAGAGAAGAAGCGCUACCGGGAGUCCUAUAUCAGUGACACUCUCGACAUGGACCUGGACCCGUGCGACAAGAACUCCCGUGGCAGCGGGAGCAGCGGGGGCAGCCGCAGGGAUAACCGCCUCUCACGCCAGUCCACAGGGAGCCACGGCAGCUCACACACCUCGGGCAUCGAGGCUGACUCCAGGCACCGCGUGUCUGUGGAAAUGUCGGUGGAUGAGCCCUUUGGCAUUGACCGGGUGCAUAGGAAGGAGAAAUCCUGCAGCUCAACCAUCAGCUACGGUAGCUCUGGCAUUGACAGCGGCAGCAAGGGGCGGGCUGAAGAUGACACUCAGGAUGAUGAGCUUGAGCUGGCAGUAGAUGAGCCAGAGGAGAUGCCUGUAGAUGAGCCUUUAGAGGGGGACCAGUUAGAGGAGGCCACUGUGGGAGGAUCUGUUGAAUCCCUGCCUCUAGAUGCUGCUAGCUGCCAAGCUAUAAAUCAGGAAUCUCUGUCUGUGGUGCAAGUCACACUAAUCAAAAUGAGAGGCCAAAGUGUGGAAUCUCUUCACCAGGUCAGAUCGCCCAAAAGCCGGAGCUGCAUGGACCAGCACAGCCAGAGUUUGGAUGACAUCCGCCUGUACAAGCGCCGGCACCCAUCGCUAAGUGCCACGCUGUCUUCAGACACAUCCCACAGCUACACCUUCGGCUGCAGCCUCGAGGAUAAGCUGUCUGUCUACGGCUGCGUGUAUUCCACAGCGGACUGCAAAACCAAGUCUGCUCUUUAUGGGAAGCGAUCCAUGAACUGCCUCUCCUUGGAUCUUCUGGGAGAGGACCAGCUCCCAGAGGAGUUUGUGGUGUAAUGAGAUUGGAGCUCUUCCAUACCAGGAAACAGCUCAUCAUGGAAAUAUAUACCUCAUUAACACAUGUGAUGUCACUCUGGUUCUUGCAGGAGACGGUGAGCGGCUUUGUUAUUCAGCUCUCUAUCAGUAAGUGGCAUCACUUCUGCAGACCUGGCUACAGGGCAAAUCAGUGUAGCACUUAAAACUGGCUUUGGAAGUGUCUGUGUGAGCAGAAAAUGGAAGUGGCCUGCACCCUUGGCAGUGACAUAACCAACAUAAAAACCAAAAAACAGUGGACCAAAACUGACACUGAGCUAGUAAAGCAAACUGUGUCUAAAUGGAUUAAUCAGAAAUUUAAAGUCUAUGUCAUAUUUCUGCCUUUCUCUUGUGGUCCAGGUCUCAAUUUUAGUGUACUGGUAGUUUGGUUGUCUUCACUUUGUGCUGCUGCAACAUUGCCAACAGCUGUCAGGCCAGGAUAUGCUCUUAGCACAUUUGGAGGGCUGUGUAUGGAAGUGUCUGGCCUACUUCAGUUGUAAUGAACACAAAUUGCUUAUUCACUGCACUGGGAGCAAGACCUGGUCUUCCAGGAGUUUCUUCUUUUGUUGUUGUUAUUCUGUUCUAAGCAUCCAGCCAAAUACAAUGUGUGUGGUGGUUUUUUUGGGGUUUUUUUUCUUUAUUGCAACAAAUGGAACUGACUGUCAGCUGUCUACCACUGCUGUGAUGCAGAUUGGUAUUAUAUCGUUGGAGAGAUAGGGAGGAGAUAAAGCAAAUGCCUUGGCUGCUUCUGAAUGUACAGAGGGCAAGAGCAUUAACUGACUGGCUUUUGAAGAGAGGAGUGUGACUGGAGAAUUUGUCCAGGUAUGAUCACCCCUUACUUUGAUUCAUAUUUUAAUGUUCUUUUCUUUGUUUUUAAUAAAUCUGUUCCUUAGAUUUUUUUUUUCCUCUGCUUAGGAGGCAGGUAAGGACUGGAGAAAGUCACCUUGCAAGGACAGACAGAGUGACUGUGUCCUACUUAGUCAUGGAUAGGUCAUGCAAAUGUGUGUGUGUGUGCUGCAGGGCUGAUGAUGGUGGAAGUGUAGGGUGUUUGUGUGCCAGGCCAGAGUACUUGUCUGGUGAUCUUGAGAGUGGUGGAUCUGGCUGGGCUGGCUCUCACUAAGGAAAUAAUCAUAGUUAUGCUGUUUGAUUCAAAUAUUUGGUGUGGAAAACAUCCUGCUACCUUGUUACAUGCAAAUAAAUAUGUUUGAUUUCCUCUCCUCAUCAAUUCCCAGCAUUGGGAAGCUUGUACUUGAAGGCCCAGCUUUGUGCCCAGCUUUUGACAGCCAUCUAGUGUGUUCUGGCAAGCUCUGGAAGCAGAGGAAAACUAUUCUGCUGGUUGGGGGAAGUGUGUGUUGUGCAGUGUUGGUCAUCAAAAACUGAAGAUAGCCAGACUACAACAAGGAAGGUUUGAGCUGCUGUUUUGAUGCUGGGCUCGCAAGCUCAGUAGUUGUCUGGUAAAUUGCAUUCCCAUAAGUCAUCAAAGUAGCAAAUCCAUGAAGUCCAUCGUCUUGCCACUUCUGUGUGUGAUGUAGAGGCCAUGCAGGUGCAUCUGCAUUUACUGAAGUCGGCAUCCUCUGGGAUGAAUCUACCACCAAACCCAAGCUGUGUGCACUGUAGCCAUGACUUAAUUGACUGGUGCCCUCUUUGAUCCCACUGUUCUUUCUUUUUGUAAUCAACGAUUAGGAGCUGUGUGUUCACUGUAGCUUCUUUUCCUUUGUUCCAAACCAAGCCGAAAUGCCUUUGCGCAAAAUACUUGAGGUAUGUUUACUGCAUGCAAAAUAAAUUCUUCUAAAUGGAUCUAAAUGGGUAAAGGAAAUCAAGCCUCCCACUGUCAGUCAGUCCCUGUUACCUGGGUCUUGUUUGGCUGUAAGCCACGGGAGAUGGGCAUGGCCAGGAUUCAGGAGGCCAGUGGCUGUACUACAGGGAGCAGCCUUGCAGCAGUGCCUGUCCACAAAAAAGAUGAGGAGGAGGUUUGGAGUGAGGACCCUGCUAACCUGUUGCUUUCCCACCCAUGCCGAUUUACAGUUACUUGUGGUUCUGGGAAUGAUUGUUAACAGGGAAAAAAGGUCAAAAUUCUGGUUUUAUGUGGUUAUAGUUGUUUGGAAAAGUAUCAUAAAAUGCAUGUGCACCAUGUGCACCCUUCUCUCAAAGACAAUCACAUUCAUAUCUGCUUCAGCCUAAGUACAUCACGGAAGUGUUUAUUGCCACCAGGCAGCUCACUCUUCUGGUUUUGCAGUUAGCAGGCAUGCAAAGGAUUUGGUGAAGUGCUGGAAUCCUGCUGCCACUACUUAAAAAAUGCACCAAUGCCUGAAAACGGUGUAACUGACUCUUGCAUGAGCAUCCACUGCCUUGUACAUUCCUGGGGGAUUAUUUUAUUUAUUCAUGGCUGGUAGGGAAGGCAAACUCUACAGGUCUGACCAUCUUCUCUCCGUGGUCUGUGCAGCUCCCUCCAGUACUGUAAGUGACGUACGCAUAUGAAGGGGAGACCAGACACUUUUGUGUAUAGCCUGAGAAUGAAUCGAUAUCUUACGAGCACUGUGAAUAUCUAUUAUGCAACUUUUGUAUUUGUAUUAAAAAAAAAACAAAACAAAACCACCUGUUUCUGCUAGUAAUACAUUUAUUUUUUGUUUGGAUUUAGAAGGUCUCUUAUUUUUGGGUUUGAUAGUUUGGUAGACAUUGGUGUGUAAGCAUUUAUCAGCUGAUGUUAGAAACUAGCUGCCAAUAUUUGUACAUAUUUGUAAAAUAUUCAUGUUAUAAUCACUCUAUUUUAAUGGUAAAAGUUUAUCCUUUCCAUGAAAGGAUUUUCUUGUUUAAAAUAAAAUAUAAAUAAUUAUAUAUACACCUGCAAUAAAGUAUGGAUAGAAAAAA